GUUGAUAAGUAUUCCUGCAGAGUCCCGAGCUCGUCGAGUGAACCCAGCUCGACGUGGGGGCAUGGGGCUGGUGUCAGACAACCGCCAGGCGCUGUCCUGGAUGGUUCUUACGAAGGUGACGCGCGCUGACGCCGGCCUAUACACCUGCACGGCGGCCGGGGUAAAGCCUGCCACCGUCACCGUGCAUGUGCUCCAAGAGGAAGUCCCGGCAGCGAUGCAGAAAGGGAAAGGCGGUCAAGGGAACUCUACGGACCCCAUCCACUUUCCUAAUCCACCUGGGGAUCCGUGGUCGCCCACUGUAGCCAACAACGCUGCACAUUCACUGAAAGCCAUUAAUUGCGUUCAUUACUUUGCGCUAUUCUGGCCUAUUUUUGCUAUCUUUGUGCCGCUUCAUACUGAGAAUUUACCUCGCGUUUUUAAUGAAAUUUUGGUUAGCGUUAAAUCCCAUGUUCAACACGGCAUUUUUUUUAUUGUAAAUUUUAUGGUUCUUAGUAUUUUUAAAUAUGAUUACAGGACGUUUCUUUCAUCUGCUACGAAAAAUUCAAGGCUAGUAAAAAGGGAAUUUUACUUAUCCGUAAAUGAUAAAACAUUCACUCAGACUCUGUAUGAAAAUUUGUUCAACCAUUCCCAACUGCUUCGGUUUUGUGUUACACCUGAUUUUUCUGGAAAGUUUGUAUUAGUUACUAAAUUAUUGUUUAAUAUAGAAUUUCGAGUUAGAUCUAAUACUGCUUAUGGGAAAAAAUCGACGCUGCUCUGGACUUUCCGAAACAAUAACUCCACGAAACUCCGUAUUAAACAUAUUUCGAAGCUCCCUUCUCAUAAUAUUACGAACAACAUCCUGUCUUCAAUUUUGAAGAAACUGAGCACAAUUUUCAUCAAGAUUAUUUUCAUCUUAACCUAUUUAUUUUUUGAGCUGACAGGUUUUAAAUUCAUAGUAAUUUUUGCAGUCGAUGUUUCUAUAUCGAAACAUCAUUCUUAUUUACAAGAUGCCGGCUCAUUCGUUAGGUUGAAAUCUAUAAUUGCUUUUGUGAUAGACGAUUUUAAAUUAAAAUUCCGGAAUUUCUCGCAAAAUUAUGACUCUAUAAAAUUUAAUAUCGAUAUGUUCGCUAUCCAUCAUGCUUAUAACUCAAUGAAGAACUUAUUAAGAUGACAUAGCUUUCUCAACAAGAGGCUGUCUAAUGAGAGACGUUAAAUGAUUUACCUGACCCAUGACGUUAGAAGUUAGAUGUCUUGAUGGA